AUGGUUCGUAAGGAAAUGAGCAGUAUGAAGAAGGCUGCUGUGGAGCAAAUGACUAAAGAAACCCGCGCGUUCCUGAAUGGCCAGGACAGAGCGCACUUCAACUAUAAAAUUCUCUAUGAGGCGGAGAUUGAGACUCUCAGAGUCAUGGAAUCCAGGAUCUCGGAGCUGACUGACGGGUUCCUGAAGGAUGUUGAAAAGGCUGGCGAGAACGGUACCACCCGGCAAAUGAAGCGCGAAAACGAAGGUAUUGAAGGAGACGCCAUCGAGGAGGAUCGGGUUAUCAAGCGUCAAAGAACUGACUCUUAG